AUGCUGUCCUCAACGCAUGUCCGUCUGACCCGCACGUCUUCUGACUUGCGUUUGCUUGCUAUUACCCUUUGCCCUCCGUCACCUAUUCUCAAAUCAAGUGACCUAUUAUCACCAAGCACGUCUGGUGAAAUACCGCUCAUCAUCGACUCUGUGAUCGACAAAUUUUCUACGUCCUUAAACUCGCCUCUCAGGUUUGGUUAUGACACCGACGUAUGCACCCUGCCGAAAUCGAGUAGACUUGAAAAAAACAUAGCAGCUACACAGGGAAAGGUCUCGAAAUUGCCUAGGUCCCAGAUGACAGCCUCCUCACUGGCAGGACUGUCCUCUAAUCUUGCAAGCCCCCACAGUAUCAGCGAAUCACUGCUUGAUGAAGUCUUUUUCACUCCAAAGUCGUCUCAGUCAUCCCAGUCGCUCGUUUCUGCCCCCUCUCCCUCCCCAAGCCCCCUGUCCAAGUCUCUGUUCCAGUUGACACAUUCUGCUAGGACUGUUCUCGGAGGCGCAAACCGAGAAGGCCGGGUUUUCAACUCGAGAAUGACUUCCAAUUUAGCUGUGGCUGUUCCUGCAGAGGACAAAGAGAACGAGCAAACUGUAUACCUUGGCACGUCAGCGACAUUCUCGACACUGCCGACACCUUCCUUUGCUCCUCCGUCGCCAUCGCCUAGCGUAGAUGUGAUUUCCCCGAUAUCUUUUACAUACUCCAGGAGACAUCGCAGACCACUGGAGCGCUCAGGAGCCAUUCAUCACUUGAAGACCCCUCGCUCAAUCCAAAGGACCUCUCGGUUGCAUCUACAUGCCCGUGAGCCCCAGUUCCCGGUCAUUGCACCUGUACGCACAACCCGCCGGCAGCUCACCGACUCCCCUUCGGCAAACUCCAUACAUUCGUGUCCUUCUGCAAGUGCUACAUCAAGCGACUCUGGCAUCUCCGAGCAUCCCUAUCUUCCACGCGAUCGCCGGUGCCCCUCAUAG